AAUUAUUGAUGACACGUUGGAGAGGCUGCAGUUAGACGCCCGCAGUACAAAGGAAAUUGGCUGUGCCUUGUGAAAGGCACACACUUCUCAUUCGCUGGAGGACGGCGUAACUAAGUUAGCUGUCCACUUCGUUGAAACACCGAAACAACCGCGUUUCUUGCCGACAUGAAAAGUCAACUAGUGCUCCUCUUCACUUUAUGUUGCGUGGCUUUCGCGCAACGAAAUGCUCAAUGUGGAGUACCUUCGAUACCACCGAUGCUUGACCCCGAUGAUCGCAUUUACGGCGGCUACGUAGCAGUGCCCGGCAGCUGGCCCUGGCAGGCGGGCAUUUACACGCACCGAUACCAGCAUUUCUGCGGGGGCGCCCUUAUCAACGACAGGUACAUCCUGACUGCGGCGCACUGCGUCUGGGCCAAGAUGUCCACAACUGUGAGGGUACACUUGGGUGCAUACGCUCGUAGAACCAGAGACAAUACAGAGGUUGUGUACAAGGUCGAUGAAGUGUGCUCUCAUCCACUCUACAAGCCAAACAAGGCUAACACCCAUGACAUCGCCAUCCUCAAACUACGGGACAGUGUAACCUUCACACGGACAAUAUCCCCGGUGUGCCUUCCCAGCCACAAAGAGGAACUGCCUGAGGGAGCCAAGUUCUACGUCACAGGAUGGGGUUCCACAACAAGAUCUAAAGUCAUUGAAAAGUCUAGGGAGCUCAAGCAAGCUUUGAGCGAGGAGCUUCCCCGAAAUGACUCGGCGUGCUCCUUCCUGAACCCCGAAAUCAUGUGCGGAAGUCACGUCUAUGGAUCGUCAUGCUUCGGUGACAGUGGCGGUCCAGUAGUGCACCGAAGGAACGACACUUGGACACUGUUCGGCCUCGUGAGCGGCGGGCCUUGGACGUGUGGCGAUGCAUCGCACUAUCCACUGAUAUUUUCCAAGGUGUCUCACUACAUAGACAACUUCAUCCGGCCGUACAUGGAUCCGAAGACUCCGAGGAAAGAGAUUCGUCAAAUCUGCACUCUAACCACGUUUAAUACGACUGCUACUCCUUGCGUUGAAUUUGUAGGCUUAGUCAACCGGCUCUUGCAAGUCAGAAUACUGCCAGUAAUACGUGAUUGGUUUUUCGAUGCUUUAUAUCCGACAGAUCCAAUGUGUGGAACUGCGUCAGUGACAACGAGGCACUACGCCGGCGUCACCACCUCCAAGGAGGUGACUCCCGCACGCUGGCCUUGGAAUGUGGCCAUCCACACGAGUUCCAGGUUUCGGCCCGAACAGUUCUGCGGAGGCACGCUCAUCACUGACCAACACAUUCUCACAGCGGCACACUGCGUGGAUGAAGCAACUAUCGAUGCUGUACGCGUUCAUCUAGGAUCGUGGCGGAGAAGCCUGCUGGACAAGGGAGAAAUCGCUGUGGCCAUAAAAGAGUUGUGCAUUCAUCAAAACUACACCGGAUAUGACAAUGACAUCGCCAUCAUAAAGCUGGCUCACCCCAUCAACUUCACAAGAACUAUCAGACCUGCAUGCCUCCCUGAAAGGAAGGAACACUUGCCAACUGAGACGGAAGCGUAUGCCACUGGCUGGACGGUCAGGAAGGUGAAGGAGAGACAUCGAACGAGAAGAAUGCUGCAGGAACUGAAGAUGAUUCUCAUGAACGAGCACCAUUGUUCCAAAUACUUUGACAUCAGCCUCCCCGAAAAUGUACUCUGCGCAUCGCACAUCUAUGGCUCACUUUGUGAGGGAGACAGCGGUGCACCCGCGAUGCAGAACAUCGACGGUCACUGGUUCAUUCAGGGAGUGCUUUCCGGCGGUCCGCUGAAAUGCGGCGACAUAACGUUGCCCAUGGUCUUCACGCGGGUCUCCAGCUACGUGGACAGCUUCAUAUACCCGUAUCUGCGUGCCAGAACCUUCAAUCGAAAAGUGCAAGUGUGCACGCUUACGUGACACAGCACGCUGUUAGUGUGUCUACACUUCGUGUCCCUGAUUUUGCGGACAAGCGCAAGACUGGUCAUCUCCCACUCUUCCA